AUGAAUCCAGUCCAGGAAGAUAGACCGUUCCGUCUCCUCGAUGCAGCUGCCAAGGCAACAACAGUUGCUCUCACUCGCGCCAACAUUCGCCAUGGGUUCAUUGGCGGAUAUGCAACGUCUCUUAUUGGCGGAUCGAGAAUGACUGAGGACAUUGAUGUCAUCGUGGAUUCGGAUGCAAGCGACGCCCGCAGCGUGCUUCUCCGGGCCGACGCCCGCUUCACAAUGACCCCCAGCAGCAGACUUGUGUUUUCGGGAGGGGGUGAUGGGCCCAUCGCAGUUGAGCUUUUUCGUGGAGGAAAAGACAAACAGAUGAAGUUGCCUGACGCAAAUGCAGUUUCUCUUCUUUUCGUCACUGCCAAUGACCUGCCGGGGCGUGUUGAGGAGAUCCCAAGUAAGUACCUGUUCAUCCUACUAGAUCCACUUUUUGCGGUCACUCAUCGUGCGCAAGUCCCCAUCAUUGCACCCUCGGUCCUCGUCUUCACCAAGCUCAAGAGAUGGGCAUUUAUCGCCGACUCCACCCGUCCCGCAAGUAUCAGAAAAGCAGGCGCGGACAUCAAAGAUAUUCAUGUAAUCCUGACCUGGCUGCGUAACAAUGACGGUCUACUCGAUUUCGAGGGUUAUCCGGAGAAGCCCAGGCAUGAGUUAAUCGCCUUGGUUCGCAAGCUCUACCAGAUGCACACAACAACUCGCCCUUUGCUUGCGGUCACCUUGAGCGCAGAUGACUUGACGCUCAUCAGCAAUUAG